GGCAGCGCCCGCAUUCGUCGACCCAUUCGCGUAUCGUCGCUCUCUUCGCCAUGUUGGAGUACGACAACUCGGCCUUCUACUACUUCUCAGUGUCGCUGUGCGCGCUGUAUGCGGUGCCCGUGACGUUCUUGUCGCUGCGGCGUAUCCUCUACGGCGUGUUCCUCAAGGACCGCCUGCUCGACAAGAGCCACGUGCGAUGUGAGCGCGAACUGCGUAAAGUGAAGCAGCUGCAGGCCGAGAAGACGGCUUUCCGCAACGUAUUCUCGCUGCCUUUCGUGCUCAACCUGCUCGUACUGGCCGCUGUGUGGUACGCGCUGGUGCGCAUGACGUUCCUCUUAAAGGACGACUCGGAGAUCAAGUCGUUCGACCCGUUCGCCAUCCUCGGCAUCGCAGCAGGUGCUACAGAACGCGAAAUCAAGCGUGCGUACCGUAAAAUGAGUCUGCUGUACCAUCCGGACAAGAACCAGGGCGACGCUGUAGCCGAGCAGAAGUUUAUGCUCGUGGCGAAGGCCUACGAGGCGCUGACGGACGAAGUGGCCAAGGCGAAUUACGAGAAAUUCGGCAACCCGGACGGUCGUCAGGCUCUGCAGUUGUCUAUCGGUUUGCCUACGUUCCUAUUGGACCCAGCGAACCACAAUCUGGUGCUGUUCCUGUACCUGAUCAUCCUCGUCGUGGCUAUUCCCAGCUGCGUGGCGCUCUGGUACUCGCACUCGAAGAAGUACGGAGACAGCAUGAUCAUGUACGACACGUACGGCUUCUACAACUUCGCCAUGUCGCAGCACGCGCACCCGCGUAUGUUGCCCGAGAUCUUGGCCGGUUCCGCCGAGUUCCGCGAGAUCCCACGUCGCUCCAGCGACGACGCGGAGCUUGGCGCGUUGUUCAAGAAGCUGAAGCAGUCGGAUAUGAUGGCGAAACCCAAGUACAACCACCCAUCUAUCGCCAAAGCCAACCUGCUGCUGCAUGCGCAUUUCCUACGUGAAAAACUGAGUCCGACGCUGCAAGGAGACCUGAAUCUGAUGCUUAAGAAGGCGAUUCAAUUAGUAGACGGUAUGCUGGAGAUUUCCGUGAUGAAAUCAUGGCUACAGACCACGUUGAACCUCAUGGAGAUGCAGCAGUUCUUGACUCAAGGACUCUGGUUCAAGGACCCGCCAUUCCUGCAACUUCCGCACUUAACUGAAGCUGAAGUGAAGCACAUUGUUACGGGGAAGAAUGCUGUGCGUAGUAUGCACCAGUACAUCGCCAUGAAGCCAGAGGAACGGAAGGGACUUAGUGGGUUGUCCGAGGAAGACCGUCAAGAAGUGACGACGGUGCUGGACAUGAUGCCGCACAUGGAACUGCAGAUCUCGAUUGGUGUGGAUGACGAGGAGUUUAUUGCUGAGGGAGACAUCAUGACGGUCACAGUGAAGCUUACACGUAAGAACGUCAAGGAAGGAGACACGUGCGACUUGGUGUAUGCUCCACGCUUCCCGUACCCGAAGAUGGAGCGCUGGUACUGCAUCGUGGGUGACGUGAAGAUGAACCACUUGCACGCCUUCUCCAAAAUGACGUCUCAAGAGCGCGUGGUGGAACAGAGGCUUCAGCUGCAGGCACCGCCUAAGGCUGGUACCUACCAGCUGGAUAUUUUCGUUAAGAGCGACUCGUAUGUUGGCAUGGAUCUACGCGCUGUUGCUAAGUUUAACGUCGCCCCGGCAUCCACAUUGCCAGUGUUCCAGCCGCAUCCGGAGGAUUUGGAGUUAGAUAACGAGCCUACGCUGUUCGAGCAGGUGAUGAACGCUGCGGACUCGAGUGAUAGCGAGGAAGAGGACGAGGACCUCGAGCAGGAACAGGAAGAGGCGGAAAAGGAAACAGAGGAGAACAAGAAGGACAAAUAGAGGGCGAGCGCAGCUUGUCUGUCUGCUUUGCCGUGAAGGACACGA